AUGAAUAGUAAUUGCCUUAGACUUGCCCUAGACUUUGCCCUCAUGGGUGGAACCACAAAUGCAAAGGCUGACACUAUUCACAUUAAGGUUGAUGGCUUAUUGUGGACCUCACAAAAUGAUUGUCACGAUGCUUUUUUCAACGAGGCAAUGACACUUUUCAAUAAAGGUGUUGUCAACGUAGAAAAGGAUUGUGUUGCUGGUUCUUGCAACUCUCCUCCUUAUUUUGAUAGCACAAACUAUGCUGCUUGGAAAGAGAAGUUUGAAAUCUUCUUGGAUGCACUACAUGAGCGUGCAUAUGCUUAUCUCUCUAAAGAGUGGAGACUUCCUGUCAGAACUGUUGAUGGUGAGUCUGUUCCUAAGCCUAGAAUUGAAUGCACCGAAGCUAAGGCAUCUACUGCAAAUUGCAACAAGAAAGCUAAGAAUGCACUUGUCAUUGCAUUGUCUAGUACACAAUUUUCUGAUAUUCAGCACAUUCCCACUGCAAAACAUGCUUGGGACAAGUUGAGGGUUGUUCAUGAAGGUGAGGAACAUGUUGAACGCAUCACUAGUGAAGCAAGGGGUCUAGGUCAGGCUAUUGAUGAACUACAUGUAGUUCAGAAAAUUCUUAGAAUCUUACCUCCCAGAUUUACACCAAAGAAAACUGCCAUCAUGGAAGUCCAGAAUUUGAAUCAAAUUAGAAUUGGGAAACUUAUAGGAAAACUGAAAACCUAUGAAAUGGAACUUAACUUGGAAGAUAUUGAUUCAAAGAAACUUUAA